AUGCGAUCGGUAACGCACUCGGUUCCCGUUCACGCACGUGCGACGUACGUUCGCCAUGUUGGAUCGCACCAUCGAGCGCGUCAACGCGUCAACGCGUCCACCGCGCGCGCGUCCGAGCGCGUUCGGGACACAUCCAUCGCCAUCGUCGGCGCCGGUAUAAGCGGGCUCGCCACCGCACUCGCGUUGAAGCGCAUCGGCAUCGAUAACGUCAAGGUGUUCGAGCGCUCGAGCGAGAUCAAACCUAACGUCGGUGGCGGGUUUAACCUGAACGGCGGCGCGCGGGUGUUGUGCGAGCUCGGGUUGGAGGAGACGUACGCGCGGUUGGCGAAUGAUUUGUUGGGCGUCAAGGCUCGAAGGGCGAGCGACGGGAGAGAUUUGUUUGAGGUGAAAGUGCAUGAUAUGAUACGCGCGGACGAGGAGGGACGGCGGGAGUUGGUGAGCGGAGGAGGCAAGGUGUUGGCGGGGACCGUGCAGCGGGCGGAUUUGCAGCGAGCGAUGGCGGACGCGCUCGGUGCGGGGUGUUUGAUAUUUGAUCGCGAUGUGAAAGCGGUGCGAUCGGGCGGUAGUCAGGCAACGAUCGAGUUCACCGACGGCGCCGUGGAGGCGUUCGAUUUGGUGAUCGGGGCGGAUGGAAUUGAUUCGCGCGCAAGAGAGGCUGUCGACGGCGGCGAGUCGCCGCCGAUUUACAGCGGGAUUCGCAUAGUGUUCGGAUGCACGACGGCGGGGUCUUCGGUGCGUGAAGACGUAAACACGGCAGAGCAAUGGUUUGCGGAUGGUGCGUAUUGCCUCGUAUUCACUGGAGGUGGUGAUUUGGCGAGCAAACAACACAACAUCGCGUUGUGCGUGCAAGACGAAGCGAGGCGCGAUGAAAACGCUUCGUGGCGAGCGAAACCGUCGGCCAAGGAGGAAACGCUGAAAUUGAUGCGCGAAAAGGGGAUGCCGCAGAGUGUUAUCGACGUCACAGAAGCGUGCGAUAGAUUCUUCGACGUUGGCGUGCAUUAUCACGACGUGCUCGAGUCGUGGAGCGACGAGAGCGGCACCAUUGCGUUGGUGGGCGACUCGUGCCACGCCAUGCCUCCGUUUCUGGGCCAAGGUGCGAAUCAGGCGAUGCAAGACGCGCUCUGCAUCGCCCAGGAGCUCGCAAAGGUUGGCACCGAACACGACACGGUGAAAGACGCGUUGGUGGCGUACGAGGGCAUUAGGAAGGGGCCGACUGCCGCCAUCAUGCAGAGCAGUAGAUUCAUCGGAGCUCUGGAGACGGGUGCGGGACCCGUGAGCCUGUUUCGAGACGUCGCAUUCUUCGUCGCCGGCACGCUUGGUAUCACUGGUAAGGUUUUUAUGAGCGGAGCGAUGCCUAGAUACGAGCGAUAG